AUGGGGCGAGCAAGGGCAGCCACCACGGGGGAGGGGGGAUUCCCAAGUGUCUUCAGUCCCAGCCCUCCUUUGCACCUCAGUCUAGUGCUGCCCUGGGGAGCCCCUCCUCCUCUUGGGGGCUUCGUGCCACGCCCCCAGGCUUUCCUUGCCUCCCACAGUGCGGCAGUCCUCACUAGCCUCUCUCCCUCCCUCCUUGUAGAGGCGGGCUGCAGAGCCCAGCGGCUAGCUCGCAGCGGCAUCUCGCUGGUGGUCCUGGGCCACUUGACCUUGGUGGUGGGGGCCAUCAUCCACGGCUCCCUCCUGCGCCAUGUGGCCCGGCCCGCACACACCAUCACCUCAGAGUAUGCUGUGGCUAAUGUCGUUGCAGUGGCUGCUGGGCUCUUGAGCAUUGUUGCCGGCUUCCUGGCGAUCCUGGUGUCCCGGAGCUUCUCCCACCAUUGCCUGCCUUGGAUCCUGGUUGUUAUCUCCCUGGCAAAUGUCCUGAUCUCAGGAGCCUGCUGCGUGGGGCUGGCACUUGCCAUCUCCCUCACUGUUGUCAACAGUGGCCAUCAUCACUUUACCGGUUGCAACAGUUCUGCCCUUCCAGCUGAUGCCCGCACUGUGAUAACAAACGAGUGCGCUUUUGACACUACCCACAUCUAUGACACAGCACUGGUCCUCUGGCUUCCUUCCUUGUUGAUGGCAGCAGUGGAAGCUGGUUUGUCUGCCUGGUGUUGCACAGCCUCCCUCUCUCUCUGUGGAACUGGGCCCUCUUCAGUCUCCUACAAAGUGGCCCUGCUUCAGCUUGCCUGGAUGGGGCAGAUCGAGGGCGGCAGCGAGAAUGAGACUGUGCAGGCACACCAGCAGGAGCGCCAGAUUGACUCCACCCGUGUACCAUGUAGUUCUGAUCUCACGUUCACCCAGCCCAGUCCUGAUAAGAUGCAGUGA